AACGACAAGUCCAUGUCAUCUUUGGAGUACAUGAAAAAGGAAUGCUUCGCAUCCCAGACUCUGUCCUCGGCUUCUCUGAAAGGAACAUUUACCAAAAUUCAGAACAGCAGACAUAAAAAGAGAGUCGCACCAAAGACUCAAGAGGAGACCGACAUCGACUGCGAUAUUUGCAGGUAAUUGUGAGUAUUGUUUUGUUAAAUGUUAAUAGCCUACAAACCUACAACACCUUGGUUUGCGUGUAGGCCUAGCUAAAGGGCUUAUUUUUUUGCAAAAAUCAUGAUAUCAACAUUAUAUCCUAUAAACAAAUGCAAUUAGUUUUCCUUUUUUUUCCACAUUAAGCUUUCACAGAACAAUAGAACAAACGUGUACCAAUGUAUUCACACAGGCUUACCCGGAUUCACUGUUGUCUUAGCUUUUAUCCUCUGUCUAGUUCACUUCCCUGGUUAGUCUGUCAUGUUUAGUGUACUAUUAUAUACUGGCUUAUUUUCAUGUGAUUUUAUUGCUUUUUAUCCUGCAGAUUUUCUUGUGAAUGUAAAGUGACUUUGGGUGUUGUGAAAAGCGCUUAAAAUGAAAAAAUUGUUAUUAAACAUAAACAUUUAGAUCCUACAUGUAUCUAUUAAUUCACCAAUAAACAACAGCCUUGAUUCCAAGGUUUUUAAAUGAUAAUUGCAUUAUCAUUUAAUAAUCAUAUUGAAUAUUUACAAUCAAUCUAUUGCAUUUUUAAAACAAUGUAAUCAUAGAUCCUUAUCUAGGUAACUUUUUUCCGUAUCAUUAUUAUUAUUUUUUUUGCAGUUGAUCUCUCCGUGUCUCAGCAAUAACCGCACUGUUUGUUGCAUAUUGACUGCUUGUCUGCUCUCGUUUCUGGCUCUGCUUGGCUCAGUCUCCGUUGACCUCAGCUCCAACUUGGACCUGCUGCGCGCCACAGAGGCCGCUUUCGAGGAGCUGACUUCAUGUAGGACUAUGGCUAUUCUCCAACUCAUAGAUGAACUCCAAAACACGAGAAGUCUAUGCAAAUGGUACAGGAGUAACGAGACACGCCAAGAAAAGUGUGUGGUAUUUUACCUGUGAUUAUUAGACUUUGCACUGAUAUGGAGGGCCACAGAAACAGUCAGGGUCACCCAUGCAGCGCGGAGUUGGUGGGGUUCUGCCAGAAUCUUAGGGAAGAUUUCACAAAAUUUCUGAACACAACAUGGGGAGCUGAGGACAACAACAACAAGCCUGUGUUCUCCUUGACGAUUGUCAGACUCCUGGACAUUUGGGGGGACAUAGAACAGGACAUUAGUCAAGUCAAGCAGUUUUCAGACUGGAAAGAUGUCCUCUCACUGAGACUGAUAGUCACAUUCCUGGAACUCAAUCACCAGUUAAGUGAACUCCCUUCCAUAGGAACCCAAGCUGACUUUCACGAGAAGUGGAUCCACGCACUCAGCCGCCUAGCCUUUGCCCAGCUCUUGUUAGAAACACUGCAGGACUGUUGGGUGGAAAACAUUCACCUAAAGCUCAACCUGACCAACAGCCUCAAAGUCGACGCGUACGUCUUCGACUCUGCACCUUGGCAGAUUCCAGCGUCUGACAUGGUGGGCACAAUGGCCAUCCUCACAGGCUCUCAGACAGGCUUCCAGGCCCUGAGGGACGCCCAGGCGUGCCUGCUGGCCAGAGCGGUGCCAGCUCUGAAGCUCCGAUCCAGGGCCGUGUUCUUGUUGCUCAGCAUGCGGAUCGCUCUGUUGACAUUGGCCUGCCUGAUCUAUCCACUGGUGCUGAUGUCCUUCAAGCAGAUGACGGCGUGGAUUCAGAAUUAUGCGCGCAGCCUGCGAGAGAGGACCGAGGACCUGAAGCGCCAGAGACAGCUGGCCGAGGACCUCCUGCACCAGAUGCUGCCCAAGUCGGUGGCCAAGCAGCUGAGGCAGCAGAAGUAUGUGGAGGCAGAGAGCUACGAGAAG